AUGCCUAUUCGCAUUCAAGGUUAUCUGUAAAUAAAUUAGUUCCUUUGCAUUUUUUAUUUCCUUUUUCAUCUUAACUUUUCACUUGAGGAUUUAAAAAAUUAGAUUUAAUUAUAGUAUUAAUUUAACUAAUGCAACUAUCAUUAUUUUUAAUAUAAUAGCUAUUAAAUUCUUUAAGUAUGUUAUCUAAAUUAUCUGAAGUAAAUAUUUUAGAUAAACAAUCUAUUGCAUUACUAGAAUCUCUUUCAAAUGCAUUUACAGAAUCUAUAGAAAUCUUAAGUUUAUUAUCUUUAUAAUAGUCUUAUAUCUUAUCUGAACCUGAGCAAAUUGAACACAAUAUACCUCUGUUAAAUGCUGAUAAAGCUUUUCCAAACUUUACUUUGCAUUACUUUUUUGCAGUUCUUAAUAUCUAGAAAUUUUUAAGUUACUAAUUAGCUAAAAUUUAUUCUAAUGUUGUCUAUACUAUGUUUUGUUAGCUGCAUUAACUUGAAAUUAAAUUAAUAUAUGAUUAAACUAAUUUUUAGAAAGCAUCUUUUGACUUUUAGAUAUGGUUCACUUUUUUCACAGCUAAAGAAUCAAUAAACCUUGAGAUUUAAAGGUUGCAACAAGUUUUCUAUCCAGAGUAUACUGAGCAUACUCCUAAUUUAGCAGCUUGUAAAGUAGUAGGACUUGCAUUUUCAUAUUAAUCAAAGAAAGUAGCUGACUGUUAAUUCAAAGAAUCAUCUUCUUUAACUGAUUAUUAAAUAAGUUGUUUAAUUUAAGAAUAAAGAGGAUGAUUUGCACAACUAAAACUAUCAGCAAAAGAUGUCUAAAUUAAAAUUUAAAAUGAUAAGAUUAUUAGUUAUAUUUUGA